AGAAAAUUAACUAAGGUAGCUUUGAAUGAAUGUAUAAACAUACAUGAAGACGAUAGUUUGAAAAGCUUUUUAAGAGAGAUGAAAAAUCACACAAAAAUAAACGGUUUAUGGGGAGUAAUAGAUUUUUAUGGUAUAGCAUAUGGUCAUAAACAUGAUGACUUAAAAAUAGUUUUACAUUAUGCAGAUAAGUCUGAUCUUGGUGAAUAUCUUGCGAGCAAUUUUACUUCGAUUACAUGGAAAGAGAGAUUAUCAAUUAUUUUGGAUAUUGCAGCCGGUUUAUAUCAAAUACAUGAUAGAGGAAAGCAUAUUUAUGGUUCUAAUAAUAAUGAUAAGCCUUCUUUCGAUGAGUCGAUUCCAUCAUUUUAUCAGAAUAUGAUACAUUCAUGUUGUGAUAAGGAACCUUCAAAUCGUCCAAAUGCGCAGACAUUGGCAAAUGAAAUCAUCGAUUGGAAAUUAAAUAAAAUGCGCCAAUUUAAUGACAAAAAAAGACUUAUAUCUUAUAUGAGCAAAGAGGAUGAAAAGACAGUUGAAAAAUUGCAAAAUGACAUAAUACUGGAUCCAGAAAAUAUUGAAAAUAACGACAUUUACUCAAAAAAGAAAAGUGGUAGCAUGGAAUCAAAUGCGCUUGUCGAAUCUUAUAAAAAAGCUAUUGAUGGUGAUCUCGAAGCCAUGAAAAAUAUUGCCAUCUGUCUGCUUAAUGGAAAUGACAUUGAAAAAGAUAUGAAUGAAGCGUUCAAAUGGUGUAUGAAAUGUUUUAGAAAAAAUAUACUAUUGACACGUGAAGAAUUAAUUCCAUUGGUUGAAUAUUUUUCUCAAGACUCUCCAGAUUUGGAAAGAAAAAUUAGAUACGGAAGGAUGCUAGAAUGCGGGCUUGGUGUUGACAAAGAUCUUGUUAAUGCAUAUUUGAUAUAUAAAAACGCUGCAGAAUCUGGACAUGCACAUGCACAAUUUAUAACAGGUAAAUUCUGUGAAAAAGGACUUGGUCGAAAAGAGGAUUUAAAAGAAGCUUUCGAUUGGUUCAUAAAAGCAAUUAAACAGAAUAAUUCAGAUGCAUUGGAUUAUAUUAAUAAGCGUUAUAGGGCAUCUUUUAUGUCACAUGGAAAAAGUAUCACUUUUCAAUAUACUGAAUUUUACAACAAAGAGAGUAUAGUUACUAGCAAAUCUACAAAAAUUAUUUUGGAGUAG